AUGUCGUGUUUACGAUUAAGUAGCAGGAAGAACAUGAGUGACGAUGCUCAGAUAAUUAUGCUGCGGCAGGCGUUCAGCAUGUUCGACUCAGAGAAAGAGGGUAAAAUUGAAAAGGAGAAGGUCCGCACAAUAUUAAGCACAAUGAUACACAACUACGAUGACCUUGAGCUGGAUCACCUAUGCGACAGCGAAGACGCUGAAGGCUGCGGUAAAUUGAAUUUUGAGGCGUUCGUGAGGGUAGCCACGCAUUUUUUAGAUGAAGAUGAUGAAGCAUUACAGAAAGAACUCAAAGAAGCCUUCAGACUUUACGACAGAGAAGGUAAUGGCUAUAUUCCCACCUCAAGUCUCAAAGAGAUCCUGGCUGCAUUAGAUGAGCAGCUUACACCUGAUCAAGUAGAUGAAAUGAUCGCAGAAAUUGACACAGAUUCUUCGGGAACCGUUGACUUUGAUGAAUUCAUGGCGAUGAUGACUGGUGAUUAG